AUGUCAGCAUCAGGACCAGCGCCAGGCCAGUCCGAAGCCGCUUGGAAGCAGCAGAUUACCUCAAGGCUUUCCAAAGAUGAGCGUCCUCAGACCGAAGAUGUGCUCAACACAAAAGGCAACGAGUUCGAAGAUUACUUUCUCAAACGUGAACUCCUUAUGGGCAUCUUUGAAGCCGGUUUCGAGCGCCCCUCCCCCAUCCAAGAAGAGGCCAUCCCGAUCGCACUCACCGGUCGCGAUAUCCUGGCGCGUGCCAAGAACGGUACGGGCAAGACAGCUGCCUAUGUCAUCCCUUCGCUCGAAAAGCUCAACACCAAGAAGAACAAAAUUCAGGCCGUCCUUCUGGUGCCCACCCGUGAGCUUGCUCUCCAAACAAGUCAAGUCGCAAAGACGCUCGGAAAGCACCUCGGCGUCGAAGUCAUGGUCACCACCGGAGGUACCACGCUUCGCGACGAUAUUCUCCGUCUCGGACAGACGGUUCACCUGCUUGUUGGUACUCCCGGUCGAAUCCUCGACCUGGCCGGCAAGGGCGUCGCCGAUCUCAGUCAAUGUACCACUUUCGUCAUGGAUGAAGCCGAUAAGCUCCUGUCACCCGAAUUCACCCCAGUCAUGGAGCAGCUGCUCAGCUUUCUCCCCAAGGAGAGGCAAGUCAUGCUCUUCUCGGCCACGUUCCCACUCAUCGUCAAGGAUUUCAAGGACCGCAACAUGGUCAAGCCCUACGAGAUCAACCUCAUGGACGAGCUCACGCUGCGCGGUGUUACACAGUACUAUGCCUUUGUCGAAGAAAGACAGAAAGUGCAUUGUCUGAACACUCUCUUCUCCAAGCUCCAGAUCAACCAGUCGAUUAUCUUUUGCAACUCGACCAACCGUGUCGAAUUGCUAGCCAAGAAGAUCACCGAGCUUGGCUAUAGCUGCUUCUACUCGCACGCAAAGAUGCUCCAAGCGCACCGAAACAGAGUCUUCCACGAUUUCCGCAACGGUGCCUGCCGUAACCUGGUCUGCUCCGACUUGCUUACCCGAGGUAUCGACAUCCAGGCCGUCAACGUGGUUAUCAACUUUGAUUUCCCCAAGAACGCCGAAACCUAUCUUCACCGAAUCGGUCGUUCCGGCCGUUUCGGCCACCUCGGUCUCGCCAUCAACCUCAUCACGUACGAAGAUCGAUUCAAUCUCUACCGCAUCGAGCAGGAGCUGGGUACCGAGAUCCAGCCCAUUCCCAGCAACAUUGACAAGAGGUUGUAUGUUGCGCCUUCGCUCAUUCAGGAGGCUGAGGGCAACAACCAGAAUGGCAACAAGCAGGAGGGAAGGCCAGUGAUUCCGCCAGGUCAGCAGGCCAUGCAUGCGGCUGCUAUUCCGCUGAAUCAAAACUUUACUAACACCGUCCCGCACAGGCACCGGAGUGGAGGCGGCGGUGGUCGGGGUGGAGGAGGAGGAGGGCGGGGCGGGCCGCACGGUGGUGUACCUGCGCAAUAG